AUGAUUUUGCUCUUCUGGCUCAGUGGUUUCUCAUCAUUACCAGCAAUAGGCUGGUGUGAAUAUGUAACUUGCCGACAUGAAAACUUCAGUUUAGUACCACAAACAUGGUGUUGUCAAUCUCAUGAAAUAUGUGGUGAAGUUGCUGGCCAGUGUAAAGUUACGCCUGUCAUUCGCUGGUUUACGUAUUUAAUAACUAUUUUAUCAAUCACCAUUAUUGGUUUCUGUUUCGGUAGACGUCUGUUGCUUUGUCUUGGUUAUCGAAAUAAAAAUUGGUCAAACAAUAUCUCUCAAUCUACGCAUCAAUCAAUACCAACUAAUAAUAUUCGAACUGAUGAAGAGUCUCCACCCUCAUACGAACAAGUUAUGAAGAAUGAUAAUCUACUUUAA